CCCCGCCCAUCCUGACACGUGAUUGGAUGCUCGCGGUGUGAUUGACAGCUCAAGCGGGACACCUGACGCUCGGUGGCUGCGGCCCAUGCGCGAGGGGGACGCGGGGAUGCGCUGCGUUCGGUGACGGAUCAUCGCGCUGCCCGGUGUAUCUGCACAGCGCAGAAUGACACUUUAGGAAGCGCCUUUUCGCACGCCACGUCAUUUUUUCCUCCCGUGAGGGCGUCCACGCGCACUCGAGAUGGACGCGUCUGCAGCGAAGAGAAGCGCGCCGGUGCCGGACAUCUGCCCGCUGGACCGCUACGACCCCACCCGAGCCAAGACCCGCGCCAGCGUGAGCUGGCUGCUGAGCCGGAGCCGCGGACCUGAAGAGAGUGUUUCUGCGGCUCUGAAGGAGGAUGGAGGUGUCUCUCCUGCUCUGGAGCGCCUCCUGCUGUCCGGUGAUCUGUACUGCAGGGUGUUUUCCUCACACGCUCUGUCCGGCGUCACAGCGCCAUCUAGAGACCUGGGCUCUCUGCUGCAGCUCCUCAGCCGGUACGACCUGAUCCCGCUUCACACGGAGCAGCAGAAGCCGGUCGAUGAGACGCAGCUGAGCCAGAAGCCCAUUAACAUGAUGGCCCAUCUGGCCGUGAUUGAUUCGCUGAUGUCACUGAGCGCCAUGGAAACUGUGGGUCAGGUCAAAAUGGUGAAGGAGACGGAUCAGUUCGGGUCCAGCAGGAGCUGGGAGAACUCACUGCUCUUCUGGAUCAACAAGGUCAAUCAGAAGUUGCGAGAAAGUGCGAAUGUUGAGGAUAAUCCGAAGUCAAACCCCUGCACAGACCUGCAGCCGGCUCAGCCAUCUUGCCCACAGCGCUGGUACUGGAAACUGGUCCCACAUGCCAUCGCAUUUUGUUUGAAGGAGUCGGGGAAUAAGCCUCCUGUGAUCCGUUACAGGAAAGAUAAGGUUCAGUCUAAACAGACUCCGGUAUUUGUGGUGGUUUCUGGAGUGAAGGAUCUGUCUAACGGCUGCGGCAUCGCUGCUACGAUUCACUUCUACUGUCCUCAGAUUCUGCCCCUGGAGGAUGUGUGUUUGAAGGACACCAUGUCCGUUGCAGACAGUGUGUACAAUCUUCAGCUGAUCAGAGAGUUUUGCCAAAGUCAACUAAAGAGCUGCUGCCCCCUACAGCUGGAAGAUUUACUCUAUGCCCCGUCCACUUUACAGGUGAACAUUAUGUGCUUCCUUUCGGAGCUGUUCGCCACGUUUGAAGUGCAGAAACCAGACUUUGUCAAAUCUAAACACACACUGGACCUAACAGAUGCAUCAGAUCUGGUCGACUGCACGAGUCCGAUCAGUGGCAACAGCAACAGUGGAGCUCCAUCUUUCCUUCUGAAGCAGUCGCUCCUGCCUCAGUCCUCUUCUGUGUCUGAAGGACGGGGCUGGACCAAAAAGCAAAUUAGCCGUCCUCUCUCUGCUGUGGCCUUCAACAUCCCAUUCCCACUAGACAGUGAUGUUGAUGUUGUUAUGGGCAAUCCUCUCUUCCGUUCUGUCAGCACGGACAGCCUCACUAUGGUAACCAACCCCGGUCCUUACACGCCCCCAGAGGAUCUGAGUAAACUCAUUGGUCAUGCUCCUCUAGGAGAGUUACCUACCAUAGAAGAAGCAUUACAGAUUUUUCAUACUGCCCGUCCAGUACACAAUGAGCCCCGGCUGCGGCCAGAGGGAGCACCGUCUGGCUUUUACCUCCACUCCCCUGAGGGGGGUGAAGCCAGACUGAGCAGCUCUGCUCCCUGUCGGUCAGGGAUGAUGUAUCGGCCAAUUGGAGGAGGACCUGAUAGCUGCGGGAAUCGCAAACGACAACCUGUUGGUUCACAAGAAAACCAUGAACAUUUAGAGUGCGAGACACCUGAAGACUCUCCCAAAACUAACUCCAGCCCAGCCAAUGGGCCCAAGACUGGUCACAUGACAAACUUUGCUGAACGCAGGAAGAAGAUGCCAGAAUCCCCAAGUAAUUCCAGGUCCCAGGAAGUGGAGUCACUGUUGAGCCCUGCAAUGAUGAGCCCCGUCGGGGCAGUGGAGGCGCAGGAGCUAGGUGCACGUCUGGAGGAGAAACGUAGAGCUAUCGAAGCUCAAAAGGGGCGGAUCGAGGCCAUCUUUACCAAGCACAGGCAGAGGCUGGGCAAGACUGCCUUCCUUCAACUCCAGAAGAAACAGGGGGAAGAACUGAAAGAUAACGGACAGUCCCUCACUCUGGAUGAACGACUGACACGAAUGGAGCAGCAGCUCCAACAAGAGGAGGACAGAGAGAAGGAGGAGGAAAAAAAGAAAAACGAGGAGGAGAAAAAAGAAAGUGAUGGAGAGCAGAAGAAGAUGGAGAAUGCUGGUGAUGUAGUAGCUCCACCUAAACUGGAGAAACAGGUUACUUUCUCUGUUGAACCGAAGAAAGAGGAGGGGAAAGAGCCACCAUUGGUGGAAUAUAAUGAGGCAGUAGCCAAGCUAACCUCCACCCUACAGUCCCUACAAAGGGACAUGCAGCGCCUUACAGAACAGCAGCAAAAGCUCAUUGGAAAGAAAACUCUGAGUUCUCCGAAAAACACACCCUCAAAUAAGACACCUACCUCCAGCAAGGCCUGGGUCAUCCCAGCUGGUUCCAAAUCCCCUGCUACACCCCCUCAUCUUUCUAGAGAGUCUACCCGUAUCAUUUCACCCUCAAGAUCUCCAUCACGCUCCGGACAACUUUCUGAUACACCAAGAUCCCCUAAAAGUUCAGCAGCAUCUGCUCCACGCAAAUCCCGUGGUGCUGUUCCCAAGAGCCCGAAACGACAACUUCCCUCCCGGCCCACGGACCUCGGUUUCCAGCCUCUCACACGUGUCCUUACGCCCCCACAGAAUGUAGACACGCUUCCCCAUCUGCGGCGAGUCUCUCCAAGCCAGUGCCAGGUGCAGACCUGCUCCUCGCUGCGACUUGGUGGUCCAUGCACGCCACAGGACUCUCCACCGCAACCUGCUCCACCUCAAGAGAGCACCUCAGAAUCUGGCUCCAGUGACCAUCACACCCCGAUCUUCAACCUGGAGCUGGAGGCUGGACCUUCUUCUGCAUUCCCAGCUGAACUGUUAGGAGGUGGGAAUAGCUCAGGAGCCCCAUCAGAGUGCUCAUUUGAAAGCGACAUGCUGCUUAGCAGCGCACUGGUUAAAGAUGAGACCGAGGGUGCAGGGACGGUGGGAGAUGACACGGAUCUGGAACAGGGUGCAGAAAUAUUCUCAUCGGAUUCCAUGAGUGACCAGACAGAGAAUGAGAGCAAGAUGGGACUCGAUAUGUUCUUCAAGGAGGCAGGUCUUUCGGAAGAGGAGAUGGCCCAGAAAAGGGCUCUGCUGUUGGAGCGGCAGCAAAGACGGGCUCAAGAGAUCAAGAAACGUGCAAGACAUGGGCAAGACCCUGAGAACAGUCAAAAGGCUUUUGUGGAUGACCUGCAACCUUCUCAAACGCCACUGCUUUCACAGUCACUGCCCACUUCAUACACCCCACCCCCUCCAUCAAAAGCCACGCCCCCAGGAACGCCCCUGCGGCGUGGAGCGUUUACUAGGGCAGAGUAUGAAAUGCGUCAGCAGCUAAAGAUUAUGGCUGAUCUAGGGAAGGUUCUCAAACAGAAACCAGCAAAGCACAGUGGCAAAAAACAACAUGCACACAAACCACACAACAACCAUGAACUUUCUCACACACGGUCACCGGGGAAGAACAAAACAGUUGUCGCUAACAUGAAAGAUGGUACAUCUCUAUCAGUUGAAAAGCCAGUGAGUUGUUCAGAGUCACCCUCAAAGGUGAUGUCAUCAGGGCAACUGGCCAAUCAGAUUGGGGAAAAAGACUGGGAACAUGCCUUCAAUGCCUCCUCUCCAGCCUCACUCCCAGAAUACACAGGUCCUAAAUUAUUUAAGGAACCCAGUUUUAAAUCAAACAAGUUCAUAAUUCACAACGCUCUUUCACGUUGCUGCCUUGCUGGCAAAGUCAAUGAAUCCCAGAAAAACAAGAUCAUAGUGGAGAUGGAGAAGAGCUCUGCCAGUCACUUCCUGAUUCUCCUGCGUGAUGCCAACUGUCAGUUCCGUGCCGUCUACACCCUAGACGGCCAGUCAGAGGAGCUGCAUCGACUCUGUGGUGUCGGCCCACGUGUCAUUUCCUCGUCAGCCGUGGAGGCUAUUUAUAAAUACAGCUCUGACAGGAAACAGUUCAAUACGCUUCCAUCUCGUACCCUGAGCAUGAGCGUCGACGCUUUCACUAUCCCCGCCCAUCUCUGGCACACUAAGAAACAUGGCACACCCAAAAAAGUAGCAACACCCAAAUAGACUCCACCCACUCAAAAUAAACCCCUCUUGCUGAGACAAACUGCUCCCAAUUAAUUAAACCACACGUACCUGAAUAAACCCCUAAUAUUUUCAAAACUAGCCGCACCAAAAUAAACCAUUCCUACAGAGAUAAGCUGCUCCUAUUGGAAUAAACCCAUUUACAAAAGUAGCCACAUCCAAAUAGACUCCGCCCAGUCAAACUAAUAGGGGUUCAAUUUGAAGCGGCACUGCACAGACCGAACAAAGUAUUGUGAGAGCGAUUCAAAAGCAUAAGAAGCUGUCUGCUUUCUUAUCACUGUCAUAUACCAAUGAUGUCAUAUACCAAUCGGUCUGGACAGCACUGCAUUAAGUUGAACACUGCUAAGCCCCUUUCAGACUGCGAUUCCGGAAAAUACACUGGUAAUGUGUCCCGGCAAUUGUUCCCGGGUCACUAGAUUUUGCCCCUUUCACACUGCCAGUGAUUUCCCGGAAUAUGUGCGUGCGUUCACACACAGCCUGUGAAGGUCACGUAAUGACGCGUGACAUCAGGAUGUGAUGUGUAAUGCACAAGUCAAAAACGCUAGGCACGUUAACUUUCCCUUAAGCUGGUGAAUGAUCUCUGCUUCAGUGCGGAUAGUGAGGAACUACUUGAUCUCUGCUACAUUACAGUUUGCACCUAUAUUUUCGUAGCAAACAUUGAUCUGCCGUCAAAACACCAGGUAAAAGAGUCGCACGAUAACGUGCGUCAUCACUACGACACAGCAUUGGUUCUGGCUUUUGUUCACACAGAGCUCGUUCCGGGACUGAACCCGGCAAUGUUACUAGGUCCCCAACUCAGGAUCGAUCCCGGAAUCAAUGUGUUUGGGCUUACACAGAAGGUGAUCCGGCAAUGUUACGGCAAUUUUCCGAGUCGAACGUGCAGUGUGAAAGGGGGUCUAAUGACUCCAGCUAAAAUAAAUCCCUCCUACCCACACAAGUAAACCCAUCCACUCAAAAUAACCACACCCUCCAAGCUAAACUAUGCUGCAUUCAUGCCAUGUCAUAAUUACUAUGAUAUCGAGAUGACAACACAUGCCAUUCUAAUCUGAGCUGUUCACAUCCUUGGAUUCAGAAUUAUGCAUUUCUAUGGCAACACUAUCAACUUAGGUGGUCAGGUGGUACAGUGGUCACAUGGUACAAGUCGUAGCUCUUAGGAAAUUUCCAGUUUAGAAGCUGUAAUUACAAGUUCUUUGAUGACAUGAACGCUUUUUACAAGUAGGUAUCUCGUAAUUAUAACAUGCCGUGAACGCACCUAAACUACUCUCUCUGCAAUAAACUCCUCCCACCAAUAAUAAACCUCCUGCUCAAAUCAACCUGGCCUACCCCAAUAAACCCACUAUAAGUGCCAUUCCUCUAAAAAAAAAAAUAUAUUACCAGCACUAAAUCCACAACACAACUCUCUCUAUAAUGAAGCAAGUCGAGUUAACGGUUUAUGAUCAACCAGAAGGACCUUCUCAUGUUUUCUGACUCUGCAUGAAGACAGAUGAACCCUAAGGUUUUCACAUUACUAAAGACUUAGGAAACCACACGUCCUGUUUGCAUGUGAACAUUCGGUUCAGUCCAAAUAUCUCUUGAUGGUCACACCAACUGAGCACUUGGAGCAUUUCUCUCUGAUUUAUAUGAUCUAUAUUCUCUUCUCUUAUAGAUACAAUCUUUUGAAUCUCAAGUCUACCAGUACUGUAGUUUUAGUGAGAAUCACUGCUGGGUUUUACUAUCUAGUCUCUGUGUGGCUAGAUGAUUUUAGGAGAUCUCCUGCUGCGAACUCUUGUUCUCUUUUACAAUGUUUCAUCAGCCUUUCCAUUCUUCAUGGACCUGUGUGGAAUAAAUGACUCUCGCUUUCCUCCUGAUGGAUCUGCUGCCGUUCAAAGACUGUGAGGCAUCAUGUGUUCAUGUGUGUGACUGUGAGCAGAUGUCUGGACUCUUGAACAAGAGUUUCUAGGCUGAACAUGGAUCAGUGAGUCACAGUCCUGAGAACCUGAUCCUUGAUCAGUAUUAAAUAGCCAUUGGACCUCCAUCAUAAGCAUCAGUGUUGGUGGCUCAUGUGCUGUGUGUAGACAUUUCCUUCAUAUGUGUGUGUUUCAGGACUGAUGGGAAGAAUGAGGGUAAAAGGGUAAUGACCUCAUAAAAAGCAUCACAAUACUGUUUUUUGGAUUUAUGACUUUCAGGAUCAUAUAUGAAGGACUCAUGGAUUUACAGUUUGAUAUGUGUCUCAUCACCUUCUGCUCCAUCUGUGUGUAUGUGAUGGGCUGCUGGGAUAUUUUCUAAUAUGAGUUUUGACAUCAUCUGUGUGUUUUUUCUGCUAUAUGAUGAUGAUGAUGAUGAUGACUUUGUGAUGAUGAACGUGUGGGACAAUAAAAUAAUUUCUAACAUUUCAA